AUCAAUGUAAUUGAGGCCACUUUAACAGGGUUUAUUAGGCUACACAUGCUCCGACUAUGUAGUCCGUUUCACCCCCGCCCAAUUAUAUUACAGUGUAACCAGCCAGCAACAGUAGAGACAGAAACCCCUGAAUCGUGGCAGAUUUGCCAAAACUGAUGCGAUUCGGGAAAGGAAGGGUGGGAGACGUCUGGGCGGGGAGUAUCCCACCAAGCGCAUAAUCUGGCAGCACUUGGAACGGUGCAUUUUCAUCAUCGGAUGAUCGUUAGGCCUAAAUUUAAUUUCGUUACAAAUUUAUUUUCUCUCUUCCAUUUGGCUUCAUUUUCUAUUGGGUUGCAUGCCUAUAAUGUAGGCUAUAGCCUUACUUGCGUGCGUCCAGUUCCAAUCUUACUGCGCAAAACAGAUGUCAUAUUAGGGCAAGGACUACUCCAGCUAAAUAAACGGAUCAUCCAGGAGUUAUGAAUAUCUAUUUUGCAAUAUUUGCAUUCAUGGCACCUGUUGUUAUUGUUAUGAUAACAGUAGGGGUAUCAUGUGUAAUUCAUCGAAGGAGACACAGUCGGAUUGAACGCUCGCUUCAAUGAUGGACGCUCUGGUUCGAUCACCAUCAGUCUCAGACAACAUGGCACAGCCCACACCCCUGGAAGCCUCCCUGGGAGCCCUCAUCAUGGCAUUCCACAAGCACUCUGGCAGUGGAGAUGCUAAGACCCUCAGCAAGAAAGAGCUAACCAACCUCAUCAAGGCGGAACUGCCCUACAUCACUGGGAAGGGUGGUCCUGACGUGGGUGAGCUGAUGACAAUGCUAGACCAUGACGGUGAUGGCGCUGUGGACUUCAAGGAGUACAUCACCCUGAUUUAAUCCCUUGCCUGCAUGUCCAACUGCUUCCUGGAAGGGAAAAUGUGAUUGCAUGUCAUGUAAAGACCUGCCUGCUUCUAUCUGCGUUCUACAGUGUAUUGCAUUAGGCCUACAUGUCACAUUAAUAUAGUCUCAUAUCUCAUUGAGUAAAUUGGAUACAUGCCUUCCUCCCUGUGUCCACAAGCAUGCCCAUAUGCACACAUAGACACAAGGGUUGCAUAACUCUGCAACAAUUAUAAGACUGAUGCUCAAAUACAUGCACCCCCAUGGAUUAUCUUGUCAGAAAGUAGCUCAGUUGGUAGUGCAUGGUGCUUGCAACGCCAGGGUAGUGGGAUUGAUUCCUGGUAUCAUCGGUACGUAAAAUGUAUGCAUGACUGUAAAUCGCUUUGGAAAAAAGCGUCUGCUAAAUUAGAUAUAUUAUUAUAUUAAGAGCUAAAGAAUGCUGCUAAACAGAGCAUGUGAGAUAGUAAACAGGGUGUGUAGGCUAUGUGUAGGCCAAUGUAUUUACUGUGUUUACAGUAAUUAAAUCUGUCUGUAUGGAAUUAUUGAUAUGUUUUGUCAUUGCUGCUAAUAAAUGGGCAAAAGACCCAACCAAA